UAAUAUCCAUAACUCAGUACAUUCACCAAAAUCAAGAAAAAAAAAAAUACAAUCUCUGAAACCUCCACUCAUUUCUUCUCAAUAAAAACAAAUGCCGGCCGGAGAGCUCCGCUACCCAUCUCCGCCGGCGUCAACAACACCACAACUUCCACAAACCAACAACUCAAACGGAGACGAGACAUGGGUAUGGGCCCAGAUAAAAGCGGAGGCUCGCCGUGAUGCGGAGUCGGAGCCGGCGUUAGCUAGCUACCUGUAUUCGACGAUUCUGUCACAUUCGUCGCUAGAGAGAUCGUUAGCUUUUCAUUUGGGGAAUAAGCUGUGCUCUUCUACACUGCUUUCAACUCUUUUAUAUGAUCUUUUCUUGAAUACUUUUUCUUCCGACCAUUCUCUGCUUGCUGCUUCUGUUGCUGAUCUUAGGGCUGCUCGUGUUCGUGACCCGGCUUGUGUCUCGUUUUCUCACUGUCUUCUUAAUUAUAAAGGCUUCUUGGCUUGUCAGGCUCAUCGAGUUGCUCACAAGUUGUGGAGUGAAUCGCGUAGGCCGCUGGCACUUGCUUUACACUCUCGAAUAGCUGAUGUUUUUGCUGUGGAUAUACAUCCAGCUGCAAAGAUAGGGAAGGGGAUAUUGUUUGAUCAUGCAACUGGUGUUGUGAUUGGUGAAACCGCGGUCAUAGGGAAUAAUGUGUCGAUUUUGCACCAUGUCACGCUUGGAGGAACAGGAAAGGCAUGUGGUGAUCGACAUCCGAAGAUUGGAGACGGAGUAUUGAUUGGAGCAGGUGCAACAAUUUUAGGCAAUGUUAAAAUUGGGGAAGGUGCGAAGAUUGGUGCUGGCUCGGUUGUGCUGAUUGAUGUUCCCGCUAGAACUACGGCAGUUGGGAACCCGGCUAAGUUGGUGGGUGGAAAGGAAACACCCGCGAAGCAUGAGGAAUGUCCCGGAGAAUCCAUGGAUCAUACUUCUUUUAUCUCGGAAUGGUCAGAUUAUAUUAUUUGAUUCGAUAAUCAAUCUUAUACCAGGUGCUAUAUACGAGUUUCAUGUUGUGUUUUGCCAAAUUAUACAUUGUGACGAAGAUGUUCUGCUAAUGAUUUGUGUAUCUAUGCCUGUUUGUAAUUUACCAAUGAAACACAUAAAAACUAUUAUCAUAAAGGAAUAAGCUGCCUUCGAUUUGGUUCUUGCUAUGUAUGAAUUCUACAUGAUAUUGUAAUCUCAUCAACUCUUUUUCUUAUAUUCAAAUUCAAUUUAUA